AUCCUAGCCUUUCUUGGAACCUUAGGUAACAUUUUGAUUUUGAUAAUGUUCUCGAAGAAAGAAUUCUUCAAAACGUCAUAUUCCAUCUAUAUCAGAGCCGCCGCCAUUUCGGAUACCAUUUUUAUGUUGAUGAACAUUUCUGAGGAUGUAAUGGACCACGUGACAUCAUACCCAUUAGUAAAGUUUAUUGGUACGUCGUAUAAUUUCUGUAAUUUUUGGUUCGUAACAAUUGGGACGUUUCGCAAUGCGUCUCCUUGGAUUGUCGUGGCUUUAGCCCUAGAUCGAUGUGUUGCUAUAUGGAAACCCCUACACAGGACGCGAUAUUGUACCAAAAAGACAGCAGCAAUCAUUACGGCUGUUAUCGUUUUA